UCCUUCUAAGGCCUUUGAAAGAUCAUGACGUUCACACCAUCAGCUGUGCUCGGCUUUCUUUUCUACUAGCCGUAGCUAGCGUCUCCUCAUGUCAACCGAACAAGUCGUCUUGCAAUCGGCAGAACAGUUUUGAUCUUUCCAAACUAUGGCCGAUAUUUCGGGAAAGACGAAGUGGCUGAGGAUUGCCACGAGCAUUGGGGCCCUGUAUCUGGACAGCUGCUUGCACGGAGCCGUCGUGCCGAUUGUUGCCGAGUGGGAUUGGGCAGCUACCGACGUCCCCCUAACCACAAACCGAUCACAAACCAAUGGAAACGAAGAAACAAGGGCUAGUUUCGCAAUUGGUGCCAUUUUCCUUUCUACUGGACUUGCAGAGAUCGGGUUAUCGCCCAUUGCUGGUAUGACAGCCGACCGGUUUGGGUUUGAUGUGGUCAUUUUGAUUGGGCUUCUGAUUGGAAUAUUGAAGUGUCUUCUGUUUGGACUUCUGGGCACAUCGAUUGUGAUUGUUUCAACCAAUCGUGUUCUUCAAGGCGCACUGAGUGCCUGUACACAGACCAUAGCAAUGGCUCGCAUAAGAGAUGUAUAUGCCAAGGCAUCGCCAGAGUGCGCUAACGUGAUGGCGAUAGCCCUGUGCAAAAUGGCAUUUAAUUUCUUCGCGGGACUUGUUAUUGGAGAACUGUACGGGUAUUUGAAGUACCGAGUGUUCCUCCUGUUUCUACCCAUCUCUUUGCUACUCAUCAUCGGCGUAUUGAUAACAUUCAGAAAUGACAAUUUCCAUUCAAAAGACGAAUCGAAUGGAAAGGACGAAUGUGAGCAAAACUCGUCUGGAGCUGUUCGGUGGAGGGUGAUCUGCGACGUCCAGCUCAUGAUCGUUACAACUUGCUGCAUGUUUUCAACUCUUGGCCAGUCUUCCCUGGAACCAUCAUUUGCCGUUUGGAUGAAAUCUUCAUUCGAGGCAGGUCCAGAAUCUACAGGUGUCAUUCUUGGGCUCUGCGGAGUGGCAUCGAUCACAUCCAGCCUCGCCAGCGCUCAGAUCCUACCCGCUCUCCAGCACCGAUCCUGGAUCUUCUGUAUGGCGUCACUGUGUACGGCAGGAGUACCUUUGCUUCUUGUCAACUUCUCACCGAACAUCGUUGUUGCCGGCGUCGCCCUGUGUACUCAUUUAUUCGGCGCCACUGCUGCGCGUUUCACCCUCCUGAUGAUGUGUUCUACCAUCGCAAACAGCCGCUAUCCCCAAUCCUACGGUCUAGUCUUUGCCAUGUUCAACGUGGGCUGGGCGGCUUCCUUUCUUCUUGGACCCCUACUUGCCUCCUACCUGUUUGGAUCCGUCUGCGUCAUCUGCAUCAUCGGAGCAGCUUGCAUUGCAAGCUCUCUACUCACAGUAAUCUUACAGACGCUUGACUCAAAGCAAGGACCUAAUAUCAUGGACUGUUUUCCUAAUGAUUACCCCAAGUAUCAGAUAGUGACCUCUACUGGAGGCCCUCCAUUGUCUUAUGAAGAAGAAAUUCAGCAGCCAAAAGAUUAA